GUUGGUUCUCAUGUUUACGUGGAAAACAUGGCGGCGGACUACCAACAAGGAGACAGAACCUAGUGAACGCCACUGGCAGCUAGCUGGGAGCCACAUUAAACAACAUAUUAAACCGGUAGCUUUUAGAUUAAUCACCCCACCCGCUGAUAUCUUUCAUGAAGCAGCUUCCGUCUUGUUUCAGCCACAGGGACCGCGGUGAUGGAAGACGAGGAGAGGCAAAAGAAGCUGGAGGCCGGCAAAGCAAAGUUGGCUGAGUACCGACAGAGAAAAGCUCACGCAGACUCCCAGAAGAAACAGAAGAAGAAGAAGAAAAGGAAGCCGGGAGAGGACUCUGAGGGAGACUCGCAGGGAAGGGUGGAGGUCGGACCGGAGCAGCCUGUGGGAGGAGAGGAGGUCUCAGGCGGAGGACGAGAUGGAUCACAAGAAGGGAAUAAAGACCCACCCACCACAGAGUUUACCUUCGCCAGGACGCUGCGGAGCGGGGAGACUGUCAAGCACGACCAGACCUACACCAUAGAGCCGGAGAGCGAAGUGUCCACUACUGCUGAAGAUUAUUCCUCAGAGGUAAAUGGGUGCCACGAUGAGAUGACAGAGAACCAAAUGAUGCCUUCGAAGGAUUUUAUCUGGGAGGAGGUGGAGCCCCUGCAGCAGGUGACAAAGGGAGGUACGAUGGAGGACGCACUAGCCGCCAAGACCCAGGCGGUGGAGGAGCUGAGUCGAGAACUUGAAGAAAUCCGUGCUGCCUUUGGCACAGAGGGAGUACAGCAGCUGCAGGACUUUGAGGCAGCUCUGAAGCAGCGAGACGGCAUCAUCACGCAGCUCACAGCGAACCUUCAGCAGGCUCGAGAAGAGAAGGACGAAAUCAUGAAAGAAUUCCUGGAACUGACCGAGCAGAGCCAAAAACUACAUAUUCAGUUCCAGCAGCUGCAGGCGGGCGAGACGCUGAGGAACACCAGCCACAGCAGCACAGCAGCUGAUCUUUUGCAGGCCAGGCAGCAGCUCAUGCAGUACCAUCCGCAGCUGGAGGAGCUCCAACACAAGCUCAGUGAGACGGAGAUGUCAAGGAGAAGAUCAGAAGAAUCGUUCUCACAAAGAAUAAACGAAAAGGACCUGCUGAUCGCUGAACAAGAAAAGGUUAUUUUGACUCAGAAGCAGUCGCUGACGGAGUUAAGGACGGCGGAGGAGUCUUUUGCACAAACACUAAAAGAGAAAAAUCAGUUGAUUUCAGAGCAAACUGCAAUAAUCACAGAGCACGAGCUGUCUUUGACCCUGCUCCGAGAGGAACUUGUUCACGUGGGACGGACUACUGAUAAGAAUAUUAUAGACCCUUCAGAUGAGAAAGACCUGAUUAUAUCGGAGCAGGAGAGAGUAAUUUCAGAACGGGACUGCUCUCUUACCCAGCUCGAGGAUGAGCUGGAGUCUUCUGAAAAAAGCCUGCGCGACCUCCAACAGCGAAUGUCUGCAAAAGAGUCGGAGCUGGAAAGAUGCAUAGAUGAGUUGGAGGGCAGUAAGUCUGACUUACAAAGCUGUAAAAGUGAAAUAGAGAGCUGUAAAUUAGAAUUAGAGAAAGAGAGAGCGGAGUUAGAAAGCUGUAAGGGUGAACUUGCAACCUCCAGACAGAAAGAGCGAAUGUCGUCCAAUGAAAUCAUGCAGCUUAUGGGCACAGUCGAGGACCUGCAGAAGCGUUUCCACCAGGGCAGCCUGUCUGACAGUGACACCAUCCAACAAAUGCAAGAAGAUUCUGCGAGGCAGCUCGAACUUCUCAGGGCAGAGCUGGAUGAGAUGUACGGCAAGCAGAUAGUCCAGAUGAAGCAGGAGGUGAACUUGCAACAUGCAGCCAAAGUUGAACAAAUGACUGAGCAACAUCGCGCUGAGCUCGAACUUCUCAAAGCACAACAACUGUCUCAAAGCUCCACUGUUAGUGUAGAGGUGGAUACACUCAAUGCAAAGAUUAGGGAGCUACAAGAGACAUUAGAGCAAUCUCAAGCAAUGCACGAUGAAGCCAGACACGAGCUCAGCCAAGUCGCCCAAGAGAAGUUCAACCUGCAGGCCAAGGUUGAGGAUCUCCUGAAAGAUCUCCAAUCUACUAAAGAAGAAGUGGAGCAGGUCUCCCACAGUCUUAUCUCUCAGGAAAGCCAACAGGGUGAACUUCAGCAUCUUCGGGAGACAAUUGAUAAUCUGAAAAGCGAGCUGGCUGCUGCUCAGGAAGCAGCGCAAGAAGAAGAAAUCAAACACGAUUCGGAAAUAACCAAUUACAAGAUCAAGUUGGAGAUGCUGGAGAGGGAGAAAGAUGCGGUGCUCGACCGCAUGGCGGAGUCACAGGAAGCAGAGCUUGAACGACUGAGGACUCAGCUUCUGUUUAGCCACGAGGAAGAGCUAACCCUUCUCAGAGAGGAAUUACAAAGGGACAGCUUCAUGAACGCAGAAAACCUUCUCAACGAAGCUGCAAUCAAGCACGAGAAAGCGUUGGACGAGCUGCGCACCGGUUAUGAAGAAGAGCUGCAGUUGUUACGAAGGGAGAAGACAAAUUUUGUCACAGAGCGAGAUGAGCUUUUUCACCAGAUUCUUGGGCUCAAGGAAGAUCUGAAGCUCGCUCUGCACAGCUCCAAAGCAGACGCGCUCGUCCAACAGCUUCAGGAGCUGCAGGUGGAGCUGGAGGAUCUGAGAAAGGGAGGAGAGGAACGAGCCAGAAUGGAAAACGAAAUUCAGUCAUUAGUAAAAAAGACGGAGGUGCUUGAAAACCAGACAAAAGAGAAAGAACAGUGUUGGGAAAACAAGUGGAAAGAGCAGGAACUGGAGAAAGAGACAUUGGUAGAAUCUAAUAAGAGUUUGAAAGAAGAGUUGGACUCAAAAACUCUGAAGAUUGAGACACUCGCCGCGGAGAACAAUCAAAUGCAGCAACGAGUAGUUGAGCUCGGUGAGGAAAUCGAACAGCAGAGGAACACUUUCUCUUUUGCCGAGAAGAACUUUGAAGUCAAUUUUCAGGAGCUGAAGGAGGAAUACACGUGUCUCAUUGAGGCGAAGACACAGUUAGAAGAGAGGACACUGAAGGAGACACUUGAUUUUGAGGCGAAAAUUGCCAGCCUUCAGUUACAGAUUCGGGAGCUUGAGGAGAACAGCGGAGAGAUUAAAAUGGAGGACGUGAAUACAGAUCGACGGGAACAUGCUGUGAUAGAAAAAGAUACUACUGAGUUAAUGGAGAAGCUUAAUGUUACUUUGAGUGAGAAGGAAAGCCUGGUGGGGAGGCUUUCCGAAGUUACAGAGCAACUGAUGUUUACAGAGAGCAAAGUGGGGCAGCUGGAAGAAGAGCUGAGGAAAGUGAGACAAGAAAAUGUGAAGGUCAUCACACAAAGCGAAAGCCUAGGGAAAGAGCUGGAAAAAAAGCAAGAGAUUAUGAGAAAGCACAUGAGGGGGCAGGAUGCCCAGAGCAAAGCUAAGCUCGAGCAUGAAGAGCACGCCGUUGAGCCAGUUUGUUCUUUUGAGGAUCAUCACCUUCAGAUUCAAUCUUUGCAAGAGGAGAUAAAGGCUCUUCAGUCCCUCUUACAGACAGCAGAGUCCGAGAGAGACGGCAUCCGGCAGACCUUGGAGCUCCAGAGGCUUUCACAGACUCCGUCUCCAGUGGCAGUCCAGUCCUCGUGGGAGGGACCUGUUGAAGGACGAUCUUCGCCGCAGCAGAAGCCCGCAUCCUCAGGGUCAAACAGGCGCAAGAGGCGGCAGAGGUCGAAGCAGGAGCGCAAACUGGGCACUCUCGCUCUGCCAGACUGCAGAGAAGAAAAACAAAGGGAGGAGGAAGAGGAGGCAGUGGGGGAGGAAGAGAGAGCAACAAGUGCUGCAGAGCCGGAGAUGCAGCCUCAGAUGGAGAGCCAGGUUAUGUCAUGUUCACAAGAGAGGGCCGGUAAGGAGGACUCCACUGACGGGUACCAGGGAGACGGAGGCAGAGACUACAUCAACAAACAGGUGAGCAGACAUGGGACGGGCCGCCACACGGAUCCUGUCGUCUGUCAGGGAGCAGAGGAAGCGAGAGAGACUACUGAGCAUGGUGAGUGCAGGCUGCAGAUGGAGGCCCAGCGCAUUAGCCUGUCUCAGAUCCACGCUGCGCAGCUCGAGCUGCUGCAGGAGGAUUCGGACGCUCGCACACACACUCUGGAGCUGAAACUGCAGGACCUGAAAGAUCACGGUGACCAGGAUGAGCCGAAAAUCUUCAAAUACCACAACAUGUUACAAGCUGUGUCAGAAGACUGCAGUGCAAUCAUUCAGUGUUUUCUGAAGCUGUUUGGUGAAGAGUUUUUGGAGAGUGUUGCUGCAGAGGGCCGGACGCCCCCUUCAAUGGAAAGACCAGAAACUACUGAAUCCACCUCCGUUGUACUGGAGGCCAGAGAGCUUUAUAGAAAUCUUCAGCAGGUGAGGGAGAAGAUUGAGCUCGAGCAUCAUCGACUGGCAGAGCUGCAGGUGCUGCUGAGAACUGAUGGAAACAAGAUGACGGAGCUGCAGACGGCGUACGAUGAACUGAAGAGCAGCAGCCAGAAGGAGAUCUCCGACCUUCGUGUGCAAGUUUCCAGCUCUACAAGCAAAGAUACGGCUGCUGCACCAUCUACCUCCCUCGCCAGGGAACUAGAGAAGCUGAAGGCAGAGGAGCAGGAGAAGCAGCUCCGGCUGCAGGAGAGUCACAGACAAGAGCUGGAGCACCUCCGGGCUCACUACCAGCAGCAGGCCACAGAGAGCGAGGAGCGAUACGCCACAGAGCUCUUCAUGCUGCAGCAGCGACUGCAGGAGGUCACAGGAACACAGAGCCACUUCAGUGGUCCAGAGUCCAGCUGUGAGGGGGCGGAGGAGCACAGCGACGAGCUAAAGGACCUGGGUGAGGCGGAUCUGUCAGAGGGAGGUGAGGAGUUGCGCUGGCCUGUCAGGUCUGCAGGCCUGACGGCACAGCUGCAGGCGCUGAGGAAAGCUCUCUACCACAAGUAUGUCCAAGAAGUAGCCGCUCUCAAAGAGCAGCACAGCAGAGAGCUGAGGCAACUGACGGAAGAAAAGGAGAAGCAGAGGAAAACAGAGCAGGGUCGGGAGGAGAGAGGAGAGAAAGAGCAGGAUCUCAACAGUAUCGACGGCGCUGGGAGCAGAGAGAGCCUCGGGGCAGCUGGGCAGCAGGAAGACAAACAACACUGGGAGAGAGUGGAGGAGGAAGUUGCCAAGGCCAUAGUUCAGAUGUCCGUGGAGUUUGCCCAGCAGAUUGAGCUGGCUCGAAUCAACAAGCGUGCCUGCCAGAGGAGCGCCUCCAUGCAGACCCGGUCGGAUAAAGAGGAGGUGGAGGAGACGGAGAACGAGGAGCGGACAACUCCCAGAGCUCCUCUCGCCUCGGGCGCCUGGCUGGAGGAAGUGGAGAAGGAGCGGCUGGAGAGGGAGCUGGAGGAGAGGAACGCUGAGAUCAGGAAGUUAAAAGAGGAGCUGCAGAGAACUGAAUCAGGAUCGGAGCAGCCCUUAAAGAAGAGAGAGGAUGCUCCAGAAGAAGAAGAUGAGGAGGAAGAGGAAGAUCCAGGCGGGCCGGGAUCUAAGCAGGCCGCUGCAGGGAAACUGUCCUCACAGGAUAAUGAAGGAGAGGACACUGAAAGAAACAUCUUGCGAAAAGCCAACGAGAAACUCACUCAGGUGCUGGUGGACGUCCUGAAGACGACGGCAGCAGCGGAGGAAACGAUGGGCCUCCACAUGUUGAGUCUGCGUAACGCGCCGAGUGGAGGGCAGCCAGCUUCACCGUCCCACUCCACCACACAGAGAGAGAACACAGAGCCCGCCGCACCUCAUACUGCAGGUCACUCUGCAGAGAGUUGUCAGGGCAGCGAGACCUCUGCAGACGUAGCGAGUCUGUGGUCCGGGGAGACGGAGGCUGACGAGGGUCUGGAGGUGUCUCAGCAGAUGAUGGAGAGUCUGCUGCUGGGUGCGGGGACACAGCUGGAGAACGAGGAGUACCUGAUGGGCAUCAGCAGCCGACUCCAGACGGCUCUGGAGAAGAUGUUGAUGGCGAUCAGCGACACCACCAGCCAGGUUGAACAUGCCCGGAUGACCCAGACUGAGCUGAUGCGGGAGUCCUUCCGCCACAACCAGGAGAUGAACGAGCUGCUGCAGAAGCAGGAGGAGCUGCAGGAGAGACUGGCCGAGGAGGGCCGGGCACGCGAGCAGCUGGCUCUGGAACUUCACCGUGCUGAGGGUUUGAUUGACGGCUACACAGGCGAGCGGGCUGGGCUAGAGGAGCAGUUGCGUCAGAAGGAAGAGCUCCAGCUGAGUCUCGAGCAAGAGCUGCAGGUGACGGGUAGCCGGUUGCACGAGUUGGAGCAGGAGAGGCUUCAGAUGCAGGAGGAGCGGGAGCUGCUGUCACGGCAACAAGACGCCAUGAGGGAGCACGCCGGGCCCCGAGAGCUUCGCCUAGUUGAAGCUGCAAUGGUUGCAGCACCUGAAGCAGACCUCCUGGAGGAGACGGAGAAGCUGAUGAAAGAGAAGGUGGACGUCCAGCGUCAGGCGGAGAAGGAGAACACGGACCUCCUAAAGCAGGUGAAGCUGCUUGAGGCGGAGCUGGAGGAGCAGGUCAACAGGGUGAUCGAGCUGGAGCACGCUCAGAGCACCGAGAGCGGAGACCUCCGACAGCAGGUCCAAGCUCUGGAGAAACAGCUGGAGAAGAACAGGAGGUUCCUCGAUGAACAAGCCGUGGACCGAGAGCACGAGAGGGAUUUCUUCCAGCAGGAGAUCCAGAAACUGGAACAGCAGCUGAAGAAUCCACAUAAGCUGCAGGCCGGCUCCGAGCAAAGAAACCAAGAGGUGGACCAGCUGACCUCCCAGCUGAAGGAGAAGGCGGAUUGGUGCAGUGAGCUGCUGCUCAGCUCAGAGCAGCUGCGUCGUGAGUUGGGAGAGCGCGACGAAGAGAUUGACAAGCUGGAGAGCCGCAUCCGCGAGCUGGAGCAGGCCCUGCUGGCCAGCGCUGAGUCCCUGGAGAAGGUUGAACAAAAGAAGCAGCAUGCAUCCAUCACAGAGGCAAAACACUCCACGCUGGAGGCUCAGCUACAGACAGAGAGAGAAGCUCUGGAGCGCAAAGAGAAGGAGAUCUGUAACCUCGAAGAGCAGCUGGAGCAGUUCAGAGAGGAGCUGGAGAACAAGAGCGAGGAGGUGCAGCAGCUUCAGAUGCAGCUGGAGAUCCAGAGGAAGGAGAUCAGCAGCCAGCAGCAGUACCUAGAAACCAGGGACGGCAUGCUCAAGGUGAUGGAGGAGAAGGACAGAGAAAUAGCACUUCUUAAUGAACAGAUCACUAAGCUUCAACACAUGGAAACAGCCUCUGAUAACAAGGAAAUUGAUGGGCGGGAUGAGCUGAUUAAAGAUCUGGAGUCCCAGGUGGAGUGCCUGCGGAGCGAACAGGAACGAUUGAAGAGGAACAACGAGGAGGAGCUCGACCAACUGAACGCAGUCAUCGAUAGACUUCAGCAGGAGCUGGCCAAUAUCGAGCAGAAGCAGGCCACAGAGGAAGACGAGGACACCAAGGCUGAGCCGGAGGGCGCCGUGUGGCAGCCAAGUAAAGAAGAAUAUGAUGAAAUGAAGCAGAGGACGGACCUGGCCACCAAAGAGUUCAGUUCACUCAAAGCGGAGCACUGUAAGCUUUUGGAGACGUACCUGCGCCUGAAAGAGAGCGCAGAAGCUUUAGCUGAGACGGAGAAACUGCAGAGCUCAGAGGGCGAGCUUGAAGACGCUCUCAGAGAGAAAACUGCAGGUCUUGUAGUCAUGCAGGCCCAAGUACAAGCUUUAGAGCAGAGCGCAACAUCCAGAGUGGAAGAGUUGGACCUGCGCAUUCAGGAGCUGGAGGACGUGGUCGGGGAGAAGGACUCUGAAAUCAGCCGCUGUCGCCUCCUUCUGGAGCAAACACAAAGCUAUGCAGAUGGUCUCCAGCAGAGGGUCUCUAACCUGGAGGAAACGCUGAGGGAGAAGCUGGCCGCGGCGCUCGUCAGCCAGGCCACGCUGGAGGCCUUCCAGCAGCAGCAGACACAAGGAUCCAAAGAAAACCAGGACCAGCAGAGACAAGCCGAGACACACGCGGAGCCAAAUGUGGAGCCGCACGUCUACGACUUUGGUGACUUUGGUAUCCCCAAAAUGGAUUUCAGUGGAAUUGGUCAAGCGAGACAAGCUCCCACAGGGAAGGUGGUCCAUCUGACUCAGAGGCUCCGGGAGCUGGAAGUUGGACUCAACGGGAUGCAGAAAGACCAGGAGCUCCAGAAGCAGCUGCUGUCCAGCUCUGAGGAGGAGGUGCUGGAGUACGAGAGGAGGCUGGCCGUGCUCAUGGAUCUGCUCGGCCAGAUGAAGACCAGGACACAGAGGACAACCUUAGGGGUGUCCUCUGCUGAUGAGCGGCCGGCUUCUGUGUCAGAGCUUCUCCAGGAGUUGCAGGAGGUCAGAGAUGAGGUCACGGCCACCCAAGAGCAGCUCAGCAGCUACAAACAGAGCUGCAGCAGACUGCAGGAGGAGCUCCAGGACAAAACUGUUACAAUAGAGAGACUACAGGACCAACUUCAAACGGUUUCAUCUGGAGGCCGUGAGGACACAAAGGUGUCAGAGCUUCAGCAGGAGUUGAAGGAGGCUCAGAAUGAGGCAGCUGCCACCAAAGAGGAGCUGAGCAGCAGCAGGGAGAGCUUAGAGAAGCUCCAGGAGCUGCUGCAGGAGCGGGAAAUGACCAUCGCUCAACUUAAAGGAGAACUUUUUAAGGUGCAAGCUGAAGAAGACCGAGCCGACAGGACGGAUCUUCUCCAGGAGCUCCAGGAGGUCAGAGACGAUGCGGCUUCCACCAAAGAAGAACUCGACAGCUACAGGCAGCGUAACGAGAAACUCCAGGAGGACGUCAAAGUCCGUGAAGUUUCCAUUUCUCAACUUAAAGAGGAGCUCCAGGGGGUGAGAAAGAAUGUGGACGCCACCAAAGAAGAGCUCAGCAGCUACAGGCAGCACAAUGAGAAACUGCAGAAUGAGCUCCACGUCCGUGAACUCUCCAUUUCUAAACUCAAAGAGGAGCUCCAGGAGGUGCGAUCAGCCUUGAUGAAGAGAGUUGAUUCUGAUCCUAUAUCUCCUACUUCUCCGUCUCCGUCUCCGUCUCCCUCUCCGUCUCCUCAGCCCGUCUCCUCUGCUUCUUCCUCCUCGACCACCCAGCCUAAAAGGAAGGGAGGCAAACAGCCGGCCGGUAAAGGAAGCAGUGCCAAAGAUAAACCAUUGGUCUCCAGGAAAAACUCUUCCACUUCCAGCCAGUCCUCCAACAAAUCUCGGCUGAACAGCAGCUCCGAGCAGCAGCAGCAGCAGCAGCAGCAGCAGCAGCAGGUGGCUGUAAGCCACUCGUUCACGCAGACCGAGCCGCUCCGAAUGUCCGACCUUGCACCGGAAAGCGAGUCUGCAACCAAAGACGAGGUGGAGGAGGUAAUCGGAGAGUUUGAGGAGAAGAUUAUACAGAUGCAGGAGCUCCACGCUGCAGAGAUCCUGGACAUGGAGGCUCGGCAUAUUUCAGAGAGCGAGAGCCUCCGCAGGGACACGCAGGCUUUGGAGGACGAGUGUAAAGCUCUCAAGGCCGUCAUCGACAAGCUGCGCUCCACAGAGGCCCCUUCAUCAAGACAAGACCGUCCUACAUCACAGUUCAAAGACGGCUACACAAGUGACAGCAGCUCAGAUUACAGCCAGCGUACUGGAUUUGACUUCCCAAGCUUGCAGCAGGAGUUCAGGACGACUCCAGAGGGCGCCAGGAGAGAGACUGAUGAUCCACUGCCUGACCGGAUCAAGACAUUGCUCCGUGAGGUGCACCAGGAGGGCAUGCAGGUUCUCUCUCUGUCGGAGCUUCCUCUCACCGAAGGCGACCCAGGCGGCCAGUUCAACAUCCCGGGCUGGUUGAAGGAGAGAGACGCCCUGCUGGCGACUGUGGAGUCUCUCAAAGGACUCAUCAGCCAGAUGCAGGCGCACAGAGGAGAUGCGUCUGGCGGUGCGGACUGGCGUGUGGAGCUGCUGGACGCGGUGCGGCAGGUGUUUAUGAGGGAGCGCAGCGUGCUGAAGAGCGCCCUCUACAGCCAGCUGGACCUGCUGGACACCAGCGACGCCAUCAUCCACCUCAAUCAGCUGGAGCGCAGACUGGCUGAACAGGACGCCCAGCACAGAGAGGCGAUGGGUUCGCUCCACACUGCGGACAGGUCCAGUCUCAUCUCUGAGAUUCAUCAGCUCCGUGGUCAACUGGAGCAACUUCAUCAAGGUGUGCAGCCUGCCGUGUCAUUGGCCGUUGAAAGGGGAGUGAAGGAGCAGAGGGAGGGAGGAGGAGCUGAUGGAGCAGCAGAGGCCGACAGGCUGCUGGUGGAGGAGCUGAAGAGUGAGCUCUCUCAGACUAAACUGGAGCUGGAGACAACGCUCAAGGCUCAGCACAAACACCUCAAAGAGCUGGACACAAUCAGGGCAGAGGUUUCACAGAAGGCCGUUCAGGUCGACGCACUGAACGACCAGCUGACAGAGGAGAGGAAGAGGAGCAGGGAUCUUCAGUGGGCCGUGGAGAAGGAGAAGUGUCGAACUGGGAGAAACGAGGAGAGUAAACGAGAAGAACUUGAGGACCUGCACCUCUCUCUGGAGGAGCAGAAGGGCCGUGUGGCCCAGCUGACCCUGACCCUGGAACAGGAGCGCCAGGCCUCCUCUCAGCUCUCCCAGCAGGCUGAACAGGAGCAUCUCAGCCUCCACAGGCGCCUCCAGGAGCUCCAGGUCCAGCUGGAGACGGAGCGGGCAAAGGCCCUGGAGAUGAGCACUGCACUGGGGAGGGAGCGGGAGCUACGGACGGGUGUGUCCUCAGACCGCGGUUCCUCCAGUGAGCAGCAGGUCGAAGAAGACGGGAGGGCUCUGGAGGGAGAAGGGAGUCUGCUGGAAAGACUGCAGAGGGAGCUGGAUGACAAACAUGCACAGGUGGUGCACCUCCUCAGUCAGGUGGAGGCCCAGAAGCUCGAGGUGGUACGAAGAGAGGAGGAGCUGACUUUGGGGACUCAGAGGUCGAGACGGGACCAGGAGGCGCUGCUCGAGUCUCAGGCUCAGCUGAGGAGGCUUGAAUCACAAAUGUCUGAGGCCCAGGAGCAGCUGGAGAGAGAGAUGGAGAGGAGGAAGAGUCUAGAAGAAGAGAAGGAGAGACUGGAGGACAGGUUGAAGCAGUUAGCAGAGCAGAGAGGAGGGAGGGAGGGGAGCGGACCUCUGCAGGCCGAUGGCCACAGUUCUACUGACCGCACCAAAGACUGGGUGUUCCAGCAGAAGAGUGGACAGUCGGCGAGCUCCCCCACGUCCCCCCACCUGGACGUCUCUCCAGCAGGUCACAGCAGCGGGCCGCACCACGGUCCAUGGCGCACAGCCGACAAGAUCCUGGGCAGACUCCAUCUCGUUUCCUCCAAGAUCCGCAGCAUGGCCAACAAGACUACUGGCAGGCUGACUGCAGAGGUCGACAGUGAAGAGUUAUCCUGGGUGCAGACCAAUGUUGAUGAGGUCAUCGCAAUGCUUCAGCAAUCCCCGGGUCUACCCUCUGUCCCCGAGAGUGUUUCCCUGCUGGCGGGAGGCUCCUCCACUUCCUCCAACUCGCUGACGGAGCGGCUGCUGAGGCAGAACGCCGAGCUGACGGGUUUCGUCAGCCGUCUGACCGAAGAGAAGAACGAUCUGAGGAACCACACGCUCCGCUUGGAAGAAGAGCUCCGACGAUACCGGCAGGCUGGACCGGGAUCAGGGGACAGUUUCAGCAGCAGGAGAGGAGCGUCAAAGACGGACUCGGCUGGUAUGAUUCUUUCCCAGGAGCAGGAGGCUUGGACGAGAGAGAAGGUCCGUCUGGAGAAAGCUUUACUUCUGGCUCAGGCCCAAGUUGCCCGACUCCGAGGGGAGAUCAGAGCCGACACCCUGCGAGAGAUAACUGGACCUGAAGCUGACAAUGCUGCACUGAAGAGGAUGUACGGGAAGUACUUGAGGUCAGAAAGCUUCCGAAAAGCGCUGAUCUACCAGAAGAAGUAUCUGCUGUUACUGCUGGGCGGCUUCCAAGAGUGUGAGGAAGCCACGCUGUCGCUCCUCUCCAGGAUGGGCGGCCGGCCUACGCUCCCAAACCUGGAGUCCUUCAGCCAGCGCCGCCGGGGGCUGAUGCGCUUCCGCUCUGCCGUCCGAGUCUCUAUCGCCCUUUCCAGAAUGCGUUUCCUCGUGAAGCGUUGGCACAAGGCGACAGGGAUGAACUCCACAACCUCCUGCAGCGUCAACAAGAACGGAGCAGGACAGCUAUUAGGUACAGAUGUGAGAGACUCACCGUAUCUUCACCCUGGCAGCGUGGAGAUGUACAGAGAGAGAGGAAGUGGAGGAGGAGGAGGCUCCAGCGGCAGGGGGCGGAGUGGACGUGAAUCACCGCGAUCAGCUGUCUCCUCCACACAGCACAGGUUUCACACGCCUGGAGACCACGGAGCUCUCACCUGUUCCCACCUGCAGAACUACGACCCCGACCGAGCGCUCACUGACUACAUCUCCAGACUGGAGGCGCUGCAGAGGAGGCUGGGGAGCGUGACAUCAGGUGCUUCUUCAUAUGCUCAAUUGCACUUUGGCUUGAGAAGAUAGACGCUGUCAAGUUACUCUGGCUUGAAGAAACUGAGUUGCCUUUUCUCGUGCUGAACGCUCUGCUGUUUUCUAUCAUUCUGGUGUGGACUGUAUCUUUCUAUGUGGACCAAAACACAUUUUUUUAUUAGCGUACGAAAUGUUGUAUUCAGGCUUUUUGUCGCCAGCACUUGAAAAACAGCUAUGUUUGUAAAUGAAUCUGCCUCUUUGUUGUGGAUGAACUACAAUCAUGUAUAUUUGUCUAAUGCUAAUUUAAGACCUUGUGAUUAAUUUAUAUGUUUGUGUUGUAUGGGUGGAGCGUUAAUGUAGAGAAUGUUUGGGUUUAUCGUUAAAGGAGGCUGCUACUGGAUAUUCUACACUACACUGUGUUUUGUUUAGGCCGGACAGACUACAGAGGACAUUUGUAGAGAACGUAUUUUUGUAAAGCGUAGGAGCUUUGAAUUUUCUGGGUAUUUUGUCAAAAACUGAAAUAAAGAGGACUACAU